GUGCAUUUUACAUCCCAGCAGCAUCAUCGGACUUCCUACUCCAGUUCUCAUUGAACCGCGUCAAGUGACCGUCACACAUUCGAAUCGAUCUAUAAAAAAAAUGUUUUGUCUAAGGUUGUUCCUGUUGAUGCUUCUUGGAGGCUCUUACGCAGUCAUCUACGACUGCAACCAUUUCCUAAACGGAGUAUACACCAUCCGCUACUGUGCCUUGGGCAACGUUUCCGUGACUCACGAUGCGGAAGACAUUGUGUUCAGAUCCGAAUAUCCGCGGCCAUACUAUUUCGAAUUCUCCGAAUCGAAGCUAACGGAAAUCCCGCGAGUGUUGUUCACCUCGUUCCCGGAGAUGCAAAAUCUGGAUGUGACCCGGAGCCGUGUGGAGAACAUCAACAAGUACACCUUCGAACAGGCCAAAGAGCUGCGCUAUUUAAAUGUGUCCGGAAAUCAGUUGACCGUGUUGAAUAAUUUCGUCUUCAAAGGUUGUGACAAGUUGGUGCGGUUGGAUAUGUCGAACAAUCGAUUGUCAGAAGUGAAGGAUAAGGCUUUACACGACCUGCCGAAAAUUGACCAUUUGGAUUUGUCUGGCAAUUUGUUGGAAAAUUUGGAUGAAAGUUUGUUUGCUAAGUUGACCUCGUUGUCUUACCUUGCGUUGGCCAAUAACAAAAUAUCGGAGCUGCAUGAUCGAUUACUAGAAAACUGCACAAUGAUCGCUUAUUUGGACCUGAGAGGCAAUCGUAUUCAAAGUUUGAGCGACAGUUUUCUCAGCAGACUCACCUACUUACGAAUACUGGUGAUAGACAACAACAGACUAACAUCUUUGAAAAUACCUCAACAGCUUACAAAACUAUUCGCUACCAAGAAUAAAAUUUCCUCGAUUUACAUUGAAGAUGCAUCCAAAUCACAGCUUUAUUCAAUGGGUCUUUCAAAGAACAACAUGAAAGAUAUUCGUAACAUUACCGACCUGGAGACUCUCACAAUUUUGGAUCUCUCAUUCAAUCCAAUUGGACCGCUUAACCUCACGGCAUUCUUAAAGCUCAAGAAAUUAAUCGACCUAAACCUAGAAGCAACUCAAUUGCAGUCCUUGGAGCAUGGAAUCUUCACACAGCAAAUGAAACUUCGGCGGUUGGACAUUUCCUACAAUUUUCUUCAACGGCUAGACAUCUCAAUACUCACCUCAACCCCCAGUCUGGACACACUUUUCAUCGACGGAAAUGGCCUAAUAGAGCUCAACUACGAACACAUCCCAGAAUUGUUCCCGAAUCUCACGUAUCUGGGUCUGUUUGCAAAUUCCUGGAACUGUUCGUACCUCACGGGGUUGGUACGCUUUUGCAAUCGAAAUAAAAUUUCCAUAACCACAACCAAACACUACGGGGAGAUAACCCACCUGACCAACGUACAAGGAAUUUACUGCGCCAGCACGGACAAAGAGCGCAUCCAGUUUCAGCCAAGUAUGGCCGUCAGCCAUCUGGAUGCGAACUUCCUUCCAGAGGAGGACAGCCAGCUCAGGCUGAUUGUGGCGAACGUCACUUCGACCGAGUUCGAGUACAAACUGAUGGUGGAACUGUUGGAUAUGAUAAGAAGUGUGAACGCCAGUAAUGCCGAUCGGCUGGAGGAGGUGCGGAAAAUGGCGCUGGGGUCGGAAAGGGUUUGUGAUGGCGGUCAUUCGGUGGGCUUCCAAGUGUUUAUUAUGCUGAUUUUGACGGUGAUUUUGGUGCUGAACGUAGGCUUUUUGUUGUAUGUGCAAUACAAUGCCAAUGCGAGGAGAGCGAUCGAUAGAAUGAUCAUUUUUAAGCGAGGAGAAACGGCUUCCAUUCAGACACAGAUGGAUGAUUUUUGAAAAGUGGUGCGUUGGAUACGGUUUGUAAAUAUAGUUCUUAGAUAUACAAAGUUUGGACGCAAAGUAAUUU